AAAUAAAAUAAAUCUGAAAUAUAUUAAAAAAUCAGUUUUAGGCAAAUUCUCAGUCAGAAAUCUUAAAAUUCAAAAAAAAGUCUUGGAAUAUUUUUUCUCUUUUUUGAAUUUAAUAUAAAAAAUAAAUUCUUGUAAAAAAUUUUAACAUUAUGAAUAAUUGCAAGCAAGUUAGUAAAUUGGUCUUAAGAAGUCUAAACAGUCGAUUAAUCUCAAAUCAUCCUCCUCUAAGUCCUGAACAAUUGUAUUCGUGCUUUAGUAACGAUUCAAUAGAUAAUCUAAGUACCCUACGAUUUGUUCCAAAGAAACAAUCUACUAAGAUACCAGCACAUAUGUACAAUGAACCAAGCAUACAAGCUAGAAUUUCACGACGUUUAUCAUCCAUUCAAAGAUCCAGUGUCGUUCAACCAGUUAAUUCAAAGAAUAGACUAAAGCAUCUAAUGGAAGAAGAAUAACCAUCGAAUAUGAAUUUUUUAACUCAGAAAAUAAAUUAAGAGUUUCGAAAUGAGAAAA